ACUACAGGUUCAGACCGAAUGACACACAUAAUGACCAAGGAGAAAGUUGUUGAACCCAUCAACUACCUCUGAACGGCUGAACCUUAUAAGGAAUACCCAGCUUCUAAAUCCUUGCUAUUUGCUCCCACUUUUCCCAUCAAUUUGGUACUAUUCCCGAUCAUAGUUGCUGCAGAUCAUACCGGUAAAUUUCAAGCUGUUCUAUCUUUCUGGUUCUGCUGGAAGAUGGGAUCAAGGGAAUGGGUUGUUGAAAAAAGAUCUAGCUUUAGGAGUGACUCCCUUCUAGGAGAGGCAGAAAAUGUACCCGAAACUGGGUCUCUCUCCAUUGUGGUACUUGGUGCUUCUGGUGAUCUUGCUAAGAAGAAGACAUUUCCUGCACUUUUCCACCUAUAUCGCCAGCGGUUCUUGUCACCAAAUGAAGUUCACAUUUUUGGCUAUGCGAGGACAAAAAUCUCUGAUGAUGAAUUGAGAAGCCGCUUACGUAGCUACCUUGUUAAUGACAAAAACGCAUCCCCAGAGCAGUUGGAUGAAGUUACAAAGUUUUUGCAACUGAUCAAAUAUGUAAGUGGAUCUUACGAUUCUGAGGAUGGUUUCCGCAUACUGGAUAAAGAGAUUUCACAGCAUGAAUGUUCAAAAAAUAGCGUGGAGGGUUCAUCUCGAAGGCUUUUCUAUCUUGCACUCCCUCCUUCAGUAUAUCCUUCCGUUUGCAGAAUGAUCAAGACUUGUUGCAUGAAUAAAUCUGAUCUUGGUGGAUGGACCCGUGUUGUUGUUGAGAAGCCUUUUGGCAAGGAUCUACAGUCUGCUGAGGAACUCAGUGCCCAUAUUGGAGAGUUGUUUGAGGAACCACAGAUUUACCGUAUUGAUCACUACUUGGGAAAGGAAUUAGUUCAGAAUAUGUUAGUACUUCGUUUUGCAAAUCGGUUUUUCUUACCUCUUUGGAAUCGUGAUAACAUUGACAAUGUUCAGAUAGUUUUCCGGGAGGAUUUUGGAACUGAAGGUCGUGGUGGAUAUUUUGAUCAGUACGGGAUUAUUCGAGAUAUUAUUCAAAAUCAUCUGCUGCAGGUUUUCUGCUUGGUUGCCAUGGAAAAACCUAUUUCUCUCAAGCCAGAGCAUAUUCGUGAUGAGAAAGUGAAGGUUCUUGAAUCAGUCCUUCCUAUUAAAGAUGACGAGAUUGUUCUUGGACAAUAUGAAGGAUACAGAGAUGACCCGACCGUACCUGACCAAUCAAACACUCCAACUUUUGCUACUGUUAUUCUGCGAGUCCACAAUGAAAGAUGGGAAGGUGUUCCUUUUAUUCUAAAGGCAGGGAAGGCCCUAAAUUCAAGAAAGGCAGAGAUCCGGGUUCAGUUCAAGGAUGUUCCUGGUGAUAUUUUCAAGUGUAAAAAACAGGGCAGAAAUGAGUUUGUCAUACGGCUGCAACCUUCAGAGGCUAUUUACAUGAAGCUUACGGUCAAACAACCUGGACUGGAGAUGUCAACAGUGCAAAGCGAACUAGACUUGUCAUACGGACAACGAUAUCAAGGCGUCACCAUUCCAGAGGCUUAUGAGCGCCUAAUUCUUGACACAAUAAGAGGAGAUCAGCAACAUUUUGUUCGAAGAGACGAGUUGAAGGCGUCCUGGGAGAUAUUUACGCCACUUCUGCACAAAAUUGAUGAAGGGAACUUCAAGUCAAUUCCUUACAAACCAGGAAGCAGAGGUCCUGCGGAAGCAGAUGAGUUGCUGGAAAAAGCAGGCUAUGUUCAAACACACGGCUAUAUAUGGAUUCCUCCUACCUUAUAGAGUGCCCAUUUUGAGUUUGUUGAGGGUCUUGUACAUCAAUAAGUAAGAUAAUGUUUUCUUGACGAGACUAUCUUGGUUUGCGCGUGUUCACAAAAGGAGGCGAAUAAAAAUUACAAGAGCUUGACACGGUUUGUAUGACGUGAUCUGCUUCUGCAAUGUGGAUGCAGGAGAGAAUCAGCUGAUUUAGUAGUUGCCUGUAACUGAGUCUCAAUCCUAAUAAAAUUCUUAGUUUCUUAUUGAUUGAGAGCUUUA